GGAUCAUCGUGCUUGUUCUGCUAUGAUGCUGUGUGUGGAUGUGAUAGAUGAGGUUGUCGCCAGAUGCCUACACUGCUAACUUUAGCUUCCAUCCAUCUUGACUUUUGUUUUGUCGCGAGACAACAAACUUUCCUCUCUAUCACUUCAGCCUUCUCUCUAGCGAUUCCUACGCCUUCCCUCUGGAAGACUGCUCUAAUCAUGCGGCCUUCUUUGUUGACCUGCGCUGCAUUGGCUCUCGCAUCUACUGUUGUUGCGCAGAGCAGUAUCGCGGACAACGCAACUCAGCCUGUCUCUUUCUUUUACACUCGUCCUUUGUCACAGGCACCUGCGCUGAAUGUCACCCUACAAGCAGACUUCACACCUGGCUACAUCUUCAUCUCACCCUACAAGUCUGUCAAGCCAGCACCGUACAUCUAUGAAAAAUUCGGAAAUCUCAUCUGGGAUGGCUAUGGAGUGGCCGGCUCAGCAAAUGCGCACAACUUCCGACCCUGUCAGUUCAAUGGAACGACUCAUCUCUGCUUCAACCAGGUCAAUCAGCAGAAAGGAUAUGGCAUUGGCCAGGGUGUUAUAGUGGAUGACAACUACAAGGUUGUGGCUACUGCUCAGACUGGUGGAAAUGCUCAGCCUGUAGACAUGCACGAGUUCCAGCUGCUCAAUGAUGGAGAGACUACGAUCCUCAGUGCCUACCAGAUCGUUCCGUUCGAUCUGUCCUACUUCAAUAUUACUACUGGCCUCGGCUGGCUCUCGGAAGGCGUGUUUCAAGAGGUCAAUGUGACUACCGGAGAGGUCCUGUUUGAAUGGUUCUCAACCAACCACGUCGACCCCAGCGAGAGUCAGAUCACUCCAAACACUACUGACACUGGAGGUGAUGGCUUCGGGCCUCAGACUGCCUUUGACUACUUCCACAUCAAUUCCGUCGACAAGUCAACCGCUUCGGGCAACUACCUGGUCUCCUCUAGACACACCAGCACGCUAUACUAUGUCAAUGCUACCGACCGCGAGACCAUAUGGAAAAUAAGCUACCUGGGAAGCUCGGACUUUGAGUGUUCGAACUUCAACUUCAGCUUCCAACACGAUGCUCGUCUUGUCUCAGAGAACGAUACCGUGACUGUGCUCUCCAUCUUCGACAACGCCAGCGACGGCUACAAAACUACGACUUCUCAGUCUUCGGGCAAAGUCGUUGCUCUUGACCAUACCUCUGGCAUCGCGACAAUGCUUUCGAACACAACCUUCCCCUCGGACGGAGGCAUCUCUACUACUUCCCAAGGAAACUCUCAGGCACUUGCCAACGGAGGCUUCUUCCACAGCUGGGGCAGCAAUCCUUACUUCUCUGAACACUCAGCAAACGGCACAGCAGUCCUCCUCGCCCAAUUCGCCGCAGAAUGCUCGGCUCAAAACUACCGCGCCUUCUCCGCCGACUGGACCAGCACGCCCGCGACCACAGUUCCUGAUGUUUACGCCUACGCUAUCAACGACACUGCCGCUACUCGGAUCUACGUAUCAUGGAACGGUGCCACCACAGUCUCCUCAUGGCAGUUCUACGGUGGUGAUGCAAUUGGCGAAAACUUUCUUGUCAUUGGCCAGACUCAGAAAAACGGCUUCGAGACUUUCUGGGAGGCUGAUAAGUUUUAUGAGUGGGUGAGAGUUGAAGCUGUCGAUGAAGAAGGAAACUCGUUGAGGAACUCAAGCUUCACGGGGACUUUCGUGCCUUCUGGUAUGCUCGUGGAUGCUUGUGAUGAGAGCGGUUGCAGUGUUGCUAGUUCUUACUCCUCAUAGUGGAGGAGAAUGUGCGAGGAGGUUCUCUUCAAGGAUGAGCUGGUAGUAUUCCUUUUUUUUUUAUUCGCUGGCGGAUUGCUUUUACUUGCUGACCACGAAAUUACGAUAUUUGCUUUGUGUCUUUUCGUUCUCUUCCUUCGCG